AUGAGUACUGAGAACGGAGGCAAUAGUACUUUAGAGAACUUGAGAAAUGCAGGCACCAAUGUGGUCACUGACACUGGUGAAUUUGAAUUGAUUUCAAAAUUUAAACCAAGGGAUUCUACUACAAAUCCAUCCUUGAUCCUUGCUGCCACCAAAAAUCCAAACUAUGCCUCUUUAAUUGACGUUGCUAUUGACUACGCCAAAGCUAAAGGCGGCACAAUUGAACAACAAACCAAUAAUGCUGCUGAUAGACUGCUUGUUGAAUUUGGUAAGCGUAUCACAGACUUGAUUCCCGGUGUUGUGUCAACAGAAGUAGAUGCGAGGUUAUCUUUCGAUAAGAAGGGUACAGUGGAUAAAGCUUUGCAGAUCAUUAAAUUAUAUGAAGAAAAUGGUGUCUCCAAGGACAGAGUUCUCAUCAAAAUUGCUUCCACUUGGGAGGGGAUCCAAGCAGCCAGAGAGUUAGAAGCUCAACACGGUAUCCAUUGUAACCUGACACUGUUAUUCAAUUUCACACAGGCUGUGGCUUGCGCAGAGGCCAAUGUUACUUUAAUUUCACCCUUCAUAGCUAGGGUUUUAGAUUGGUACAAGGCUAACACAAAGAAUGAUUAUAACAUCGAGAAUCAUCCCGGUGUUCUCUUUGUCAAGAAAACAUAUAACUACUACAAAAAACAUGGCUAUAAGACAAUUAUUAUGGGUGCAUCUUUCAGAACUUUAGAUGAAAUCAGAGCUUUGGCUGGUUUAGACAACGCAACGCUAGGCAUUCCUUUGUUAGAGAACCUGCAAAAUUCAACUGAAAAAAUUGAUAGAGUGUUGACACCUGAAGGUGCUCAAAAGGAUGGGGUGGAUAUGAUCACUUUGAUCGAUGACGAAGCUAAGUACAGAUAUGAAUUUAAUUCGGACGCAAUGGCGGUAGAAAAGUUGGCUGACGGUAUCAGAACUUUUGCAAAGGACACAAACACUCUUUAUAGCUUACUGAGAACUAAACUCGAAAAGGCAAACUAG